UUUAUUUAUCUUUUAAUUAUUUUUUUUUAAUAUAAAAUGAAUUGGAAAGAACAUUUAGAAGAAAUUGGUACCUACCAAGAUUCAAAUAAAGCAGUUACAGCCUAUAAUAAUAUUCUCNNNAUACAAGACUCACCAGAUGAUAUUAAAGAAGAUGCAAUUCUUAAAUUAGCUAAAUUAUUUGUUAAAAUUGGAAAAGGUGAUCAACUCCCAACUCUUUUAAGAUCAGUUAGACCAUUUUUCGAUAAAAUCUCAAAACCAAAGACUGAUAAAAUUGUUAGAAACUUUAUUGAUAUCGCAUCAACCCUUCCAGACAACUUACCAUUUUUAAUUGAAUUUUGUAAAGAAAAUAUUCAAUGGUGUAAAGAUACAAAUAGAAUUUAUUUAAGACAAAGAUUAGAAACUAAACUUUUUGCAUUGAUGUUUGAAGCUAAAGAAUAUGCAGCUGCAUUAAGUGGUUUAACAACAUUAUUAAGCGAAAUUAAAAGAUUAGAUGACAAGCCAUUAUUAGUUGAAAUUCAACUUAUAGAAAGUAGAAUCCAACAUGCUCUUAAGAAUAUUCCAAAAGCUAGAGCCGCUUUAACAUCUGCUCGUACAAAUGCCAAUACUAUUUAUUGCCCACCAAAGCUUCAAGCCGAAAUUGAUAUGCAAUCUGGUAUCCUUCAUUCCGAAGAAAAAGAUUAUAAAACUGCUUUCUCAUACUUUUUCGAAUCUUUUGAAACUUAUGAUUCACUUGAAGAUCCACUCGCUAUGAAAGCUUUAAAGUAUAUGUUACUUUGUAAAAUUAUGACUAAUCAAACUGAUGAUGUUCAUGCAUUGGUAAAUGGUAAAAUUGGAUUAAAGUAUCAUAAUAAUAGAUCAAUCGAAGCUAUUACUCAGAUUUCUAAAUCUCAUGCUAAAAGAUCACUUCAUAUGUUCCAAGAAGCCACAAAAGAAUAUGCUGAUCAAUUAUCAAAUGAUGCUAUUAUUCAUAGUCAUUUAACUGAAUUAUAUAGUAAUCUUCUUGAACAAAAUUUAUGUCGUAUUAUAGAGCCAUUCUCAAGAGUUGAAAUUUCACAUAUUGCCAAAUUAAUUGAUUUACCUAUUGAAGUUGUUGAAAGAAAAUUAUCACUUAUGAUCCUUGAUAAGAAAUAUAAUGGCAUACUUGAUCAAGGUACUGGCACUUUAAUCGUUUUUGAUGAACAACCAGAAGAUAAAUUAUUCAAUAGCUCCCUUGAAACCAUUAAAGCCCUUAGUGGUGUAGUUGACUCUCUUUAUGAAAAAACAAGCAAACUUUCUUAAAAAACUAAUCUAUUUAUGUGAAUUUAUCUCUUUUCUCAUGUACUUAUGCCCCCAAAAAAAAAUUUACAUAAUAAAAAAAAUUAUUUAUAAAUAAAUAAAUAUAUUUUCUGUUUAUCUUUUC